CCGCGCAGGAAGUGUGGAGGCCAUCUUGCAGUACGAUCAUCCAGAAUGAGCUUCUUCGGCUUUGGACAGUCUGCAGAGAUCGAUAUUGUAUUAAAUGGCGCUGACAAGCGUAAACAAGUUGACAUCAAAAACGAAGAUGGCAAAAAAGAACGYUUGUACUUGUUUUACGACGGCGAAAGUGUAACGGGAAAGGUCAAUGUAAAUCUCAAGAAUCCUGGAAAGAARCUUGAGCAUCAGGGAAUUAAAAUUGAGUUUAUUGGACAAAUUGAGCUCUUUUACGACCGUGGCAACCACCAUGAGUUUACUUCCCUUGUUAGAGAGCUUGCUCGUCCCGGUGAUCUCAUGCAAAGUGAAUCAUACGAUUUUGAGUUUGUAAAUGUAGAGAAACCGUAUGAGACAUACACUGGUGCAAACGUUCGACUCAGAUACCACCUCAAGGAUGCCAUAGUUGGCAAGAUUUACUUCCUUCUUGUACGAAUCAAGAUAAAACAUAUGGAGCUUGCUAUCAUCAAGAGAGAGACUACUGGAACAGGCCCAAACACAUACAAUGAAAAUGAGACCAUUGCAAAAUAUGAAAUCAUGGAUGGCGCUCCAGUCCGUGGUGAAUCCAUUCCAAUUCGAUUGUUCUUGGCUGGUUAUGAACUGACUCCAACCUUCAAAGAUGUCAACAAGAAGUUCUCUGUUCGAUACUUUUUGAAUUUAGUUCUUGUGGAUGAAGAGGAGCGAAGAUACUUUAAGCAACAGUCUACAGAACAUGCCAUGAAAAGCUACGAAAAAGCAACAGAAAAACCACAAGAGGAGACAAACCAUGCAAACGCUGAAGAAUAGAUAAUUUUUUAUAUGAAUUUCCCUCUUGACUUGUAAAUGCUUAUAAUAAGUCGUCUAUAGUGCCAUAAUUAUAAAUAUCCAUUACUUGGACCUAUGUAGGAUUCAAUGUUCAAUUUUCACUAUAUGUAUGACUGUCAAGAUUUGAUUURUCAAUUAAUAAUAGAUUAAAACACUGUAUUUGGUAUGGCUCA